ACUUUACACAAACAAAACUCCAUUCACAACAUUCAUCUCUUCCUGUUUUUUUUUUUUUGCUUCCUCCGCCUCUCUAUUAUUUAUACCCACCACUGUGCUCCACCACCACCACAACCACCGCCGCCGUCAAUGACCAACCUUUACCACCUUCUCGCUGUCUCUCUGAUUCUGAUAUCCAGUUUUGCUCCUACAAUUCAAAACCACUUCGCCACCACACCUCCAUUGCCGGUGUUACCCCUCCCGUCGUACUCUCAGCUCAAAUGGCAACAAAGAGAGAUCAUCUUCUUCCAUCAUUUCGGUGUGAAUACGUUUACAGAUUCAGAAUGGGGCACCGGAAAAGAAAACCCGAAAAUCUUCAACCCGAAGGGACUCAACACCGCCCAAUGGAUAGAUGUGGCAGUCCAAACCGGCGUCUCCCUCUCCAUCCUCACCGCUAAACACCAUGACGGAUUCUGCCUUUGGCCGUCAAAGUACACCGACCACUCCGUCGUCGGAAGUCCAUGGGAGAACGGCAAUGGAGAUGUCGUACAAGAGUUUACGAAUGCAGCAAAAUCCCGAGGAGUUGACAUCGGACUUUAUCUUUCUCCAUGGGAUCGUCAUGAUCGGAGAUACGGAGAUAGUUUAGCCUACAAUGAAUACUACAUGGCUCAGUUACAAGAACUACUCAACAAAUAUGGAAGUGUGAAUGAGAUAUGGUUUGAUGGUGCAAAAGGUUCGAAUGCACCAAACAUGAGUUACCUUUUCAAUGAUUGGUUUCAAAUGGUGGCGGAAUUACAAGGCACCAUCAACAUAUUUUCCGACGCCGGUCCCGGCGUCCGCUGGGUCGGAAAUGAAAAUGGGUUCGCUGGAACUACGUGUUGGUCCACCAUUAAUCGGACCUCUCUAUCCAUUGGAAAUGGAAGUAUUGUCAAUUAUCUCAACACCGGGGACCCGAGAGGGACUGACUGGCUACCGGCGGAGUGCGACGUCUCUGUUCGACCCGGAUGGUUUUGGCACAAAUCGGAGUCCCCGAAAAAACUCAGUGAUCUUCUCGAGAUCUACUACAAUUCCGUUGGCCGGAACUGCGUUUUAUUACUCAAUGUUCCACCAAACACCACCGGAUUAAUCUCUGCAAACGACAUUCAACGAUUGAAGGAAUUCAAAUCAGCAAUCGACACAAUUUUUUCCAAAAACUUAGCGGAAUCAUGUUCCUUAACAGCAAGUAGCAUCAGAGGAGGCAAAAACAGUGGAUUUGGACCAGAAGCUAUGCUAGAUAAGGACCAUUUAUGGACGUAUUGGGCUCCAAAGGAUAAUGGCAACGAGGAGCAUUGGAUUGAAAUCACGGCAACAAACGGAGAGUUGAGAUUCAACGUGGUGAGGAUUCAAGAGGCGAUCGGACUCGGACAGAGGAUCAAAAAGCACGAAAUUUACGUCGACGGGAAACGUAUUGCGAAAGGGACGACGGUGGGGUAUAAGAAACUUCACAGGCUUGAAAAUGGAGUCAUAAAGGGGCGUAGUGUACGAAUCCGGGUUCUUGGGUCACGAGGAAUCCCUUUAAUAUCUUCUUUUGGACUUCACUUUGAUCCUUUUUGGCACCCAAUUGGGAGAUAGUGAAUUGCUUCAUUUUCAUCUUUUUAUAAUUCUAUUUUCGCAAUUAAACUAUC